AUGUCGCUUCCAGAUUCCGACAAGACGGGGGAGGUGAAGUCGAAGCAGGUGGUGGUGAUGGAAGACACGGAUGCGUCAACCAACGCUGGAGCCAUCAACCUCAAACAUCGACUAUACGCGUCGGCUGGCUGCGGCGCCAUUAUCCCAUACCACUCAACUCAACGCGAUCCUGCCCGUCUUGAAAUGGCAUCAACCGUCGACCAGAAGCGCCUGAAGGCUACCAAAUUCCCACCCGAGUUUGACAAAAAAGUCGACAUCGAGAAAGUCAACAUCGACCUAAUGAAGAAGUGGAUCGCGAACAGGAUCACGAAUAUUCUGGGAGAUGAGGACGACAUUGUGGUGGAGACAUGUUACAACCUAGUUGAACAGAAUCAAUUUCCCAAGAUUAAAGAGAUACAAAUCCAGCUCACAGGCUUCCUCGGCAAGGACACUGCUACCUUCUGUAAAGAACUAUGGGACUUGAUGCUGAGCGCUCAGGAAAGUCCCAUGGGCGUCCCCCGCGAAUUGCUCGAAGCGAAGAAGCUGGAGCUACAACGAGAGCAGCCGCUGCCGAAGCUCGCCGCCUGGAAGAGAAGGAGCAGAACGACAUGGUUGACUCUUUCCGCCGAAGCGAACGUGCAGACCGACCAGAGCGUGGUCGCGGCGGAGGUAGAGGCUUCCGUGGAGGCGACCGAGGAGGGAGAGGCAGAGGAAGAGACUUUGAUCGAGGACCGUCGCGACGUGAUUCGAGAUCGCCUCCAAGGCGGAGAUCGCCGCCACCGCGUCGCGAACGUGACAUCUACAUUCCCAGUAGUAGAGGUCAUACACGUCGAGGACGUCGUUCUCCUUCUCGCGAGCGCCGUCGCUCACGUUCAAGCGAUCGCUCCAUGUCUCCUCCACCUCGUCGUGCACGCCGCUCACCCUCGUCAGAUCGAUCACGAACACCGCCACGACGCCGCCCACGAUCGCCCUCUACCGACCGUUCCAGAUCACCACCUCGCCGUUCGCGACGUUCUCCACGAUCUGGGGGACGGAGAGACAGGUCAUGGUCCCCCAGCCACGACAGCAGGAGGCUACCCAGGCAUACUUCGCGAUCUGUUUCCCCUCCAGUCAAAUCGAGCUCACCAGCGCCCAGGGUGUCAGUAUCGCGUUCCCGAACACCGCCUCGACGUCGUCGCAGAUCGCCUUCUAGCUCACGAUCAAGAAGCCCUGUGA